AUGGCUCACGCUUCUAUGGAAAGAUACGAACACAACCUUCUUGCACAUUUAAAGCAGCUUCUUAAAACCAAAACGUUUUCUAUGCAACGCGUUGCAACUUCUCUGCUUAUCGUGCUCCGUGCUCCUACAGCAGCCUCUUCAAAGGUGCAGCACCCACGACCAGCGAGCCACGAGCCAACUCCUGUCAAGGCGUUCUCCGAGGUAGAAUUGCUUACUAGGCUCUAUCUAACCUAUGUACGAGUUGCGCGCUCCAUUUUAAUUUCCAACACCGUCUUUUCAAGGAGCUCACAACGAUCAUCCGACUGGGAUUAA